AGAGAUGAGCCAAAAGCACGAAAAAGAAAAAAUGGACACAGAGCUCUCCAACUGUCAGUUUGCAGGAAAAGGCAAAGACUUUAACUGGACCGCUAAGACAAAAGGCACGUGAAGAACACUACCCAAUAAGCAAGAGCGUGCUAUUCACGUUACGACAGAUUCGACUAGGGUUAAGUAGAAGCAAAAAAAGAACGUUCGAUCACUUUCCUUUUCUCACAAUUCUUCACCGCAAACACUCACCCCCAAAAAAGGAAUCAUAAGAAGAAGAAGCUAUAGACAAAAGAAGGGUAUUUUACUAUUUACCCUAAACUUUACUUUACCAACCACAGACACAGAGACACAGAAUCAUAAGAUCAGAUCUGGUGGUUUCAAACAAUGGCGGACAAGGAAGAACAAGAGACGAUGACCUCGUACAAGCUGUUUCUGAGAGUUAUAAGCAAGAGAAGAACAUGGGCCUGUCUGUUUCUUGUGGUCUACGCGAUCCUCUUGUCUUCUUCGUGGAAUUCGCUGAAUUCGAUAGUGAAUUGGUACGGUGAUAACCACCAGACGUCAUCUGGUUUGCCUGCGCUUUACGCCUCGGUUCUUUUAGGUGCUGUGUUCGGAGUUCUCUCGAUGGCGGCGGCGCUGUUCAUAGCUGUGCCGGCGAUCGUUGUGAUCUGGAUAUCGGUGGUGGUGUCGAUGGCUUUCGCUGGGAAAUCGAGGAAGAGAGUGGUGAUCGAAGGGAGGAAAGUGACGAAAGAGAUCGCUGGUUUUGUGUUUAGGGUUCUUCUUAAAGAAGGAAACUUCGUGGCUCUUGUUUGUGCUCUUCUUGCUUACUUCGUCUUCUUUAACUCUUACUCUUUCACUUCUUCUUGAUUCAAUUUUUAUUUUUUGUUGCGUUUUGUCAUUAACGAAAACAUCUUACAACUAAUAUAUCCAAAUCGAUCUUUAAUUUCCUCGUUUAAUUUUUUUUAGUUUUAACAAGAUUUGGUGGUUUCUUGAAUCUGAAAAAUA